UAUUUGAUGUGUAUAUAAGACUACCGAUUUGUAUUACGACGCGUCGCAUGCUUUAAUUGUGGCUUAUUGUGAAGUGUAUAGAAUAGUCGAUCGUCUUAUUCUCCAUAAAAUCUGCUUCAAAUAAUACAUGUCAUUCUAUUUGAGAAUGCAUUUGAAGUAAAUCUAAUUGUAUUAUUUUUGUACACGUUGGAAUCACAUCGUCUAAAAAUGUGGAUCUUCAUUAUAUAAAGCAUCACCUCUUUCCUGAGUGGACCAGAAAAACUUGGAAAUAAUUAUAUCAGUCAGCUAGCACUGCUCGACACUGCCAAUUUCUCUUCUGCAGCCAUAUCUUGUGUUUACUGGAACUAUAAUGAACAACAACAAUCAAAGAAAAUAUCCAAACAAUCCUCGGCAAAAUGCGAAUGUAAUCUCUAUCCUUACUUAUUGGUGGACUCGAAAAAUUUUUCGAAUUGGCUACAAAAAGGAUUUGGAAGAAACCGACAUUUAUACCACGCUUACACAAGACAGAACUAGCCAUUUAGAAAAGAUUAUAAGCAAAGCUUGGAAAAACGAAGUAGAGUCGUGUGCCAAAAAGAAAGACUCGAAUUGUAAGCCACAAUUACUAAGAGUGUUAUUGCACUGUUUUGGAAAACCAUUUUUAUUAAUUGGAUUAGCAAAAGCAGUAAUGGAAUUAUUUUCUAGAGUAUGCCAACCAUUGUUACUUGCAACAUUGUUACGCUAUUUUGCAAGCAAUAAAGAAAAAUGGGGUAACGAAGUGUAUUACAAUGUAGUCGGUCUAAUUCUAUUGUCUAUUCUGGAUACUUUUAUUAUACAUUAUACUAUGCAUUAUACCAUGCAUAUAGGACUGAAGAUGAAAAUAGCAUGUACUGCAUUAUUGUAUAAAAAAAUAUUGAAACUCUCCACUUCUGUGCUUGAUAAUGAGACCUCUGUUGGACAGAUGGUAAAUUUUCUGAGUACUGAUAUUACCAGAUUGGAAACAUCCCUAUGGGAUCUACAUUACAUUUGGAUUGCGCCUAUUCAAGUCAUAUUGAUUACGUAUAUUAUAUUUUCCGAAAUUGGAUGGGCAGCAGUUGUGGGAAUGUCAGUAUUUUUAUUAUUUAUUCCUCUUCAAGCGUUUUUUGCAAAAAUCACACCUUUAACGCUUAAAUCAGCAGAAAAAUCAGAUGCUAGGCUUAGACUAAUGAAUCAUAUAAUCACUGGAAUACAAGUAAUUAAAAUGUACGUUUGGGAAAUUCCUUUUUAUAAUCUUGUGGAAAAAGCAAGAAAGCGUGAGAUGAGCGUGAUAAAAAAAUAUUCUAUUCUAAAACAAUUAUCUCUUACUCUUGAUUGUUGUGUACCACGACUCUGUCUCUUCAUCACAAUACUGGCGUAUAUCUUAUUUGGAAAUUAUAUUAAUCCCGAAAAAGUAUACUUAGUAACAGCAUAUUACAAUGUUUUACGAAACUCAAUGAUUUUUGGAUUUGCAUUUGGUCUCCAUCAAAUAGUACAAGCACUGGUUUGUAUUCGCCGUUUAGAGAAAUUUAUGAUGCACACUGAGAUUACUAAAAAAAAAGAAGAGAACCCACAUGAGACGAUUAAAGAAUCGUUUGCACUUCGUAUGAUCAACUGUAACGCUAAAUGGCACAGUGAUAAUAAGGGAUAUACGUUGCACAAUGUGAACUUAACUGUACUUCCUGGAAGCUUUGUGGCUAUUGUUGGUCAAGUAGGUUCAGGGAAGAGUAGUCUGUUGCAAGCGAUACUCCAGGAAUUGCCCUUGAUGAGCGGAAGUAUCGAAAGUCAUGGCAGAAUAAGUUAUAUCAGUCAACAACCAUGGAUUUUCGCGUCUACCGUGAAACAAAAUAUUCUGUUUGGACAAACAAUGGACAAGUCACGUUACAAUGAAGUAAUCAAAGUCUGUCAAAUGGAAUCAGACAUAGAUUCGUUCCCUCGGGGUGACUGCACUAUUGUAGGCGAAAGAGGAAUAAAUUUGAGUGGUGGCCAACGCGCCAGAAUCAAUUUAGCACGAGCAAUUUACAAAGACGCCGAUAUUUAUCUCCUGGACGAUCCCCUAUCUGCCGUGGAUUCGCACGUUAGCAGGCGUCUUGUUGACGAUUGUAUCUGCAGCUACUUAAAGGGGAAAACAAGAUUUCUAGUGACGCAUCAACUGCAAUUCUUACAACUCGCUGAUCAGAUUAUUGUAAUGAAUAAUGGUAGUAUCGAGCAAAAAGGUACUUUUGAUCAGCUUCAAGCAUUGGGUCUCGACUUUAUGAAGCUAUUAAAAGCGACAGAACCAGAAUGCAAAAAAGAUAAAAUUGAACAGCUUGAUAUGCAGUAUCAAAACUCAAUAAAAAAUGAAAUAAAAAUCGAUGGAGAAGCUUCAAAUGUCUCCCUAGAUGAAACACGUGAAACAACAAUGAAAGGUCGCUUGUCCUUCAAACUGAUCUUCGGUUACUUCAAAGCGAGUAAAAAACCUUUUAUGAUAACUCUUAUGAUGUCAAUCUUCAUAAUAAGCCAGGCAUUAGCCAGUGGUAGUGAUUACUUUGUUGCAUUCUGGGUGAACGUGGAAUCGAAUUCAUGGUAUGAAAAUAAUAAUUCUACGGAGUUUUUAUGGAGCGGUCCAUUGUCUCGUGAUUAUAUGAUGUACAUAUACAGUAUUAUGAUAGUGAUGAUUAUAUUACUAUGGCAAAUUCAAACAAUCAUAUACUUUACCGUAUGCAUGUGGUCAUCAGUAAAUCUACACUCCGCCAUGUUUCGCAGCAUUUUGCGCGCUACUAUGUACUUCUACAACAUAAAUCCAACUGGUCGUAUAUUAAAUAGGUUUGCCAGAGAUAUUAAUAUUGUUGAUUUAAUGGUAUCGAUGUGCAUAUUUGACAUCAUAAUUAUCGGACUUAUCUCAGUUACAGUAAUAAUUAUGAUCGUAGCAAUUACCCCAUGGUUGGCAAUACCCUCUUUUGUUUGUACCUGUGUUUUUAUCUUUUUACGUAUGAUAUACGUCCGUACAUGUCGUAGUAUCAAACGUCUCGAAGCAACAACGCGCUCGCCGAUCUUUGAUCAUCUCACUGCAUCUCUGCAAGGAUUAACAACAAUCAGAGCUUUCAAUGCAGAAAAUAUAUUGAUGGCAGAUUUAUGCAGUCAUCAAGAUCUCCAUUCGUCUACCUGCUUUCUCUUCCUAGCCACAUCUCGAGCUUUCGGCUUCUACAUCGAUCUGAUCUGUCAGAUAUAUAUUGGAGUGAUAAUUAUAACUUUCACGUUCUUCAAAGAUUUAGCAGUAGUUGGAAACAUCGGUUUGACGAUCACACAAAUCAUGUCGUUGACAAUCAUAUUGCAGUGGGGAAUUAGACAAUCGGCUGAACUAGAAAGCCAAUUGACCUCAAUAGAGAGAAUUCUUGAGUAUAGCCGAUUGGAAGAAGAGCCGAUGAUCGAUAAUAAACCAACAGAUACCAAACUACCGGACAAUUGGCCAACGAAAGGAAAUGUAGUAUUUAAAAAUGUAAAUUUGAAAUACAAUCAUCAAGGAGAGUACAUUUUUAGAGAUAUUAGUUUCACUAUCCUACCGAAAGAAAAGAUCGGUAUCGUCGGCAGAACCGGCGCAGGAAAAUCAUCUCUGAUUAAUGCUCUCUUUCGUCUAGCCUGUGUAGAAGGAGAGAUUCGUAUAGAUGAUAUAUCCACCAGCGCAAUUGCGCUGCAUAAUUUUCGAUCAAAAAUCAGUAUUAUUCCUCAGGAGCCAUUCUUAUUUAGUGGCAGCUUACGACAAAAUCUCGAUCCUUUCGAUCAAUAUUCCGACGCUACUUUAUGGCAAGCUCUACAAGAUGUUGAAUUAAAAGAGAUAAUCUCAGAGAUGGCUGGCGGAUUGAAUACGAAAAUAUCCGAAGGAGGAUCAAAUUUCAGCGUAGGCCAAAGACAAUUAUUUUGCCUUGCGCGCGCUAUUAUCAAGGACAAUAAAAUUAUGAUACUGGAUGAAGCGACUGCUAACAUUGAUCCUUAUACGGAUUUCCUUAUACAACAAACAGUUAAAACAAAAUUUAUAAACUGCACUGUAUUGACUAUAGCUCACAGAUUGAAUACUAUUAUGGAUAGCGACAGAAUAUUUGUAAUGGAUGCUGGGCGUCUUGUGGAAUGUGACCAUCCAUAUAUUCUUUUACAACAAAAAGGAUAUUUUUAUAACAUGGUACAGCAGACUGGUUCUGCGAUGGCUGAAAAUCUUAUCGACAUAGCAACAAAAAGCUUUUAUGAAAAGGAUACAUCGCCGUCUAGAUAAUGUCAAUUUUCAAUUAUGUGCCUUUAUCAAAAUAAUUUUUUGUCACACAUAUUCAUUGAUUGAUUAAUUAAUAAAAUCAGGUACAAUAUACAAAAAUUUCAUCAAUACAAUCAAUCAAGUAUAGUACAUUUUAUAUUAAUAAAAUUAUUUUUAAUGACUUU